CUUAGAAUCAGCUUCAUUAAAAUCCCUCUCUUUUUAUUCUUCUCAAUUUCUGUCAAAUCUCCACUAUUUUACCACCUUUUUCCCAAUUCUAUCUCAUUUUAUGCAUGAAGAAUGCGAUUUUGGGCUCAAAACUUCAUUGGUUUUCGCAUGAAUAAGUCCCCCUUAUACUAACGAAGAAAGACCUUUCUAACUUGGUAGACGGUGUGAUGUGGUAACCCAAUCAAUUUUCAAUACAACAAAUCCAGUUUCUAUUACUUACCCAUUUCAAACUCUUCAAAGAUCACUGGAAUACUGGUUUAAAUUCUGAUACUUGUUAAUUCCUUGAUUGGUGAUCUGGGUUUGAAUUUAAGGCACAUUACUUUGAGAUAAUGGGUCAAAAUUCGAAGAAGAAAAAGCGUCGGAAUAAAGGACGAGCUGCUGCUAAAGAUCAUGCUUUGCUCUCUGCUGAUUAUAGUGAGCUAAUAUCUGAAGAAUUUACUGCUUUGUCUGCAAUUUUUCAAGAAGACUGUGAAAUAGUUUCAGGGACUCAUCCACAGGUCAUCAUUAAUAUCAGGCCUUACUCAAAGGACUCAGGAUAUGAGGAUCUUGAUGUCUCCGCUCAUUUACUUGUGCGGUGCUUACCAGGGUAUCCUUACAAGUGUCCUAAACUGCAGUUAACUUCGGAGAAAGGUCUGUCUGAAAGUGAUGCUGAUAGGCUUAUGUCGCUCCUCCAUGAGCAGGCAAAUUUGAAUGCUCGAGAAGGACGUGUGAUGAUCUUCAAUUUGGUGGAAGCUGCCCAGGAGUUUCUCUCUGCAGUUGUUACAUUGGCCCCCUUGCAUACCCGGGUUUUAUCUUUAGAUGAGGACAGUGCUGGGAAGCUACCUUCUAAAGAUAUGGCUAGAUCUUCUGAAACAGUUGCUUCUUCCAAGGAUGCAUUUGUUUAUGGUUUUAUGGAUCUGUUCAGUGGUUAUGAGGACUCAUGGAAUUGGAACUUUGGAACUAGUGAUGGUGGUGAACUAAGCUCCUCAGUGGUUUCCCGUGCUUUAUCCAAAUCAAAGCAAGUAUAUGAAGGUGUUGAAAAGAACUUCAAACCGAAAGAAAAGACAACGAGGGAGGAUAGCCGACAUGCUGCACUAGCUUCAGUUCCUGCAAAAUUGGAGUCUGUUGAAGAAGGGAGUGAGGAUGAAAAUAGGGGUCUAUUGACAACAGAUUCAAGUAGAUCUCUAUCAGAAGACUUGGAUGGGUCUAAUUCAGAUGCAGAGAGGAACAAUAAGUUGAUGCAUUUCCAGGAUAGUGUGGAUGACUCUGAAGAAUCUUUCUCGUUCUUUGAUGACAUUGAUGAUCAAGAAACCGGGUCUUUAAGGAAUGGUGAAACAUCUCAAAGUACCAAAAGAGAUCUGAUCAUGGCUCAUCUUCUUCGAUUGGCUUGUGGAUCUAAAGGCCCGCUUGCAAAGGCUUUGCCAAACAUAGCAUCUGAGUUGUAUAGUCUCGGAAUUAUAUCAGAGUGGACACGAGAUGUAGCCACUAAUUCAUUUACUCUGUAUAGCAAGACUUUUGAUCAUGUAUUCCGUCAGCAUAUGGUCACUUCAGAAAUAUCCGAGUUUUGGGAACCGGUGUCGGAUUUUGCAGGGCAGGAUUCAUCUCUCCAAAAUUCACGGUAUCUUAAUGACUUUGAAGAGCUACAAUCGCUGGGGCAUGGUGGAUUUGGUCAUGUUGUCUUGUGCAAAAAUAAGCUUGAUGGGAGGCAAUAUGCUCUGAAAAUGAUUCGCCUCAAGGACAAAAGUCCACCUGUUAAUGAUCGCAUAUUGAGGGAAGUGGCAACACUCGCCCGUUUGCAGCACCAACAUGUUGUUCGUUACUAUCAGGCAUGGAUAGAAACAGGAGUUGCAGGAUAUCUGGAAGAGAGCAUGUGGGGUUCGAAAACCAGAAGAAGCUCCAGCUUCAGUUGUAAGGCUGGCAGUUUGUCUGACACUUUUGGACAGGAAAAUUUGUUUGAAUCACCUUAUCUUUACAUCCAAAUGGAAUAUUGUCCUAGGACUCUCCGUCACCUAUUUGAUUCAUACCAUCAUUUUGACAAGGACUUAGCCUGGCAUUUGUUUCGUCAGAUUGUCGAAGGUUUGGCACAUAUUCAUGGACAAGGAAUCAUCCACCGUGACUUGACACCAAAUAAUAUAUUCUUUGAUGCCCGCAAUGACAUUAAAAUUGGUGAUUUUGGCCUUGCGAAGUUCUUGAAACUUGAACAGCUGGACCAGGAUACAACUUUUCCUUCAGAUGCACCAGUUGUUUCACUUGAUGGUACUGGUCAAGUAGGUACAUAUUUCUAUACUGCACCUGAAAUUGAGCAAGGUUGGCCGAAGAUUGAUGAAAAGGCAGAUAUGUACAGUUUGGGAGUUGUAUUCUUUGAAUUAUGGCGUCCUUUUGGAACGGCAAUGGAAAGGCACAUUGUCCUUUCAGAUCUGAAGCAGAAAGGAGAGCUUCCUACCACUUGGGUAGCUGAAUUUCCAGAGCAAGCUUCCUUGUUACGACGACUUCUUUCUUCUAUCCCAGCUGAUCGUCCAUCUGCUAUCGAAUUACUCCAAGAUGCAUUUCCGCCACGCAUGGAGUAUGAGCUAUUAGAUAACUUUCUACGCACAAUGCAAAGUUCUGAGGAUACAAGUGUUUACGAUAAAGUUGUGAGUGCCUUAUUUAAUGAAGAAAUGUUAGCUUCCAGAAGCAGUCACCAUCAGUCUGAAAGGUUGAAGUUAGUUGGAGACGUGGCUUCCGUUGCCCAGUAUUCAGAUGUAGAAACAGAACUCCGUGAUUAUGUAGUGGAUGCAAGUAGAGAAGUGUUUAAGCGGCAUUGUGCAAAGCAUCUGGAGCUUAUUCCAUUACGUUUGAUGGAUGACAUUGCUGUUUCUGGCAGGAGUACUGUGAAGCUUUUAUCUCAAGGUGGAGACAUGAUUGAGCUUUCUCAUGAGCUGCGCUUGCCCUUCGUUAAAUGGGCCACUGCAAACCAGAAAUCAUCUUUCAAAAGAUAUGAGAUAUCAUCUGUUUACAGGAGAGCAGUUGGUCACUCACCCCCAAAUUGCUUUCUUCAGGGUGAUUUUGAUAUAAUUGGAGGUGCUUCACCUCUGACAGAAGCUGAAAUUAUUAAGGCGACGAUUGAUAUCCUAAUGCAGUUUUUCAACCCAGACUCAUUAUAUAUUCAUCUGAGUCAUGGUAAUCUAUUGGAUGCUAUGUGGUCUUGGGCAGGAAUCAAGGCUGAGCACCGGCAGAAAGUAGCUGAGAUUUUAUCUAUGCUGAGCUGUCUGCGUCCUCAAUCCUCUGAACGUAAAUCAAAAUGGGUAGUAAUCAGGCGCCAACUUCUUCAGGAACUUCGCCUGGAUGAAGCAGUUGUUAAUAGAUUGCAGACUGUAGGUCAAAGGUUCUGUGGAGAUGCAGACCAGACUCUGCCCAGAUUGAGAGGAGCUCUUCCAGCAGAUAAACAUACAAGCAAGGCACUUGAUGAACUGUCUGAACUCUUCAGCUAUCUCAGAGUUUGGAAAAUUGAAAAGCAUAUUUACAUAGAUUCCCUUAUGCCACCGACUGAAUACUAUCACAGAGAUUUGUUUUUUCAGAUAUACUUGAGAAAAGAAUCCCCUGGAUCACCAGUUGAUGGCACAUUGCUGGCUGUAGGAGGCCGUUAUGACUAUUUGCUGCGUCAGAUUUGGGAGCUUGAACAUAUAUCAUCUCCACCCGGGGCUGUUGGCACCAGUCUUGCACUGGAAACAAUUAUUCAACACUCUUGUGUGCAUAUCAGGCCCAUUAGAAUUGAAGGUAGUGCAAGUGUUCUGGUUUGCUCAAAGGGUGGUGGGGGUUUACUUGAAGAGCGCAUGGAAAUUGUGGUAGAACUGUGGGACGCCAAUAUCAAGGCUGAGUUUGUACCAUCAUCUGAUCCAAGCCUGACAGAGCAGUAUGAAUAUGCAAAUGAGCAUGAUAUUAAGUGCCUUGUCAUAAUUACUGAUUCUGGGGUUUCUCAAAAGGAUUCUGUAAAGGUCCGUCAUCUCGAAUUUAAGAGGGAGAAAGAAGUUGAAAGAGAACACCUUGUCAAGUUUCUUCUGGAGGCAAUGUCAUCUCAGUUUAGGAGUCACACUCUUUGGAACUGAGGAUGCUGAUCACUGUCCAUUAGUUGCUCAGAAUGAGCUAAAGGUUGUGCAAGCCUCAGCCUCGGUGUGCUUUUGAUGAUUUUGCUCCAAGUAGCAACUUUUGGCUUAAUUGUGAUAGCAAUAUUUAGCUUAAUACCAUGUAGCGAAUCUGCUGCAAAUUUUGACAAUGAGUUGGAUACAUGAGUAGAGGUCAAUAUUUUGUCAUUCAUAUAUACUUGUAAAUAUGCGUUCACCGAGUAAAUGUAUAUAGUUACAACUUCCAAGUAUACAGGAGUACCUGUCAAAUAUUAUUUUCAUUCAUUUAUACUUGUAAAUAAGCGUUCAUCGAGCAAAUGUAUGUACUCUUUUUUGGAGAGAAAGGAUAGCAUUACAUUA